AUUCUUAGGUACUUUUCUUGAGUACACAAGUGAGUGCAGCGGUAACGUCAGAUCCUAUUUACGCUGGGGGGAGAGGGUAGUUCGUCCGAAAGUUGUCCGCUGUAUUUAAACCCUAGGCGGGUUAGUGAGCUCGAUUUGGCUGUGAAGGUGACUCCGACCAGAGUUCACUCCGUAUCGGAGAGGAAGUGACGAGCGUGCACUUUCGGAAAGGCCCCUGUUCUCUAGGCUGAAGUGUGGAUGAAUACAUCUCUAUAUUAUGUCUAUGGAUGAAUAGACCAAACUGCAUCCGCGUCACAGAUCACGGAGGGGUUUGGAGGAGGAAAGAAUGUCCAUAGUUCGUUUGAGCCGCUAAUUGUUGGACUGUGCUGUUGUUGGACAAGGACCAGUUUUACAAGUCGUCUGAGUAACUUAACUUCCUUCUAGCCAUGCAGGUGGUGAUCCGCCGGUACCGUCCCUCAGACAAGGAUGCAGUUCUCACCCUGUUCAGCGUCGGCAUCCGGGAGCACAUCCGUCCAUGUUUUCACAACGCCAUGACCAGCCCUCUCUACCUCACCAUCACCCUGGGUCUGUGUGUUGCUGGCCUCCUCCUCGGCUCUCUGUUAGGGGCUGUGGCGUUGCCAGGAAUCUGGGUGGGGUUCAUCUACUACUGCUGUCAUGAGAUUUAUGCCGGCUACGUCAGGGAGAAACUCCAGACAGACAUGCAGGACAUCCCUGGGAAGUAUCUGAGCAGGCCUGAUGAGUGCUUCUGGGUAGCGGAGGCUGAGGUUGAUGGCAGGGCCUAUAUCAUGGGUAUGGUGGCUGUAGUGGCCAAAGAAAGUGGUAAAGAAAGACAUGGAGAACUAUUCAGAAUGAUCAUCUCACCAUCGUGCAGACAAAUGGGCCUGGGCUUUAGGUUGACUCAAACUGUUGUUGACUUCUGUAAAGAACGAGGUUUCUCCAAGGUGGUGCUGCAUACCAGCUCCAUUCAGACCGUUGCUGUGGCCCUGUACAAAAAACUGGGGUUCAGCCACGUCCUCUCACACUCCGAAACAGAGUCUUCCAUUUGGAUUUUAAAGCUUGCCAAGGUCACGAUAUUAAGAAUGGAAAAACACCUGUAGUAUUGAAAUGGUGGUUUUAUGCUCAAUAGGAUCAAUAAUAUGUGACUGAAACCAUUAUAAGGUAUAAAUGUAAAUGCUCUGUAUAGCGCCUUUCUAGUCUUUUUAACAACUCAGGAUUGAACCACCAACCUUCUGAUUAACUGCCAACCCGCACUACCUCCUGAGCCACAGCCGCCCUGUGGCAUGCAAACAUCUCACAAACAUAGUAUCUUGUUAUACUACUACAUAUUAUAUCAUUAGAUUAUUAUUACUCCUGCAUUAAUGUAAAACAGGAUUUUUCUCAUGUAGUUGGUUGAGGUGGAGCUAAUUCUUAACUAUGUUGUAUUGAAAUCCAACAAAUGAUUAUUUUCAUUAUGGAUUAAUCUGUUCUGAUUUGUUUUUCUCAAUUAAUCCAUUAAUUGUUUGUUUUGUAAAAAAAUCUGAAAAUAGUGAGAAAUGCCAUCACAAUUACCCAAAGUAACACUUACACAAUAAUUGUUUUGUUUGUAAAACCAACAAAUGUGGAUGUUUUAGACCCACAGUUGCUCCUAUUAGCUUACUGGACCAAUAUUCACUGUUGAGGUGCUGUACUACUUUUAUGAAAACUGCAGUUUCAACCACUGUAAUUUUAUUUCACAAAAUAUCGAUGACAUUUACCUGCUUACACUUUUUUUCACACAUAGACAUGCAAGAAAUAAAACAGCUGCUGUACAUCAGCCCCUGUCCAACAC